AUGGAGGUUUUUUCUGUUCGUCAGACAGGACUUUCAAAAACAAAAUGGAAUCAGGCCCCUUACACUCCAAAGCUGAAUGGAGUCGCAGAGCGGAAGAACAAAACAAUCGUUGAUAUGGCAAAGUUGAUGUUAAAAGGGCAUGAUGACAGAAAAGAGCAUGUGCUGCCGCACUACGGAUAUCGUGGCGUGUCCACGCUAUUCUCCCGGCCUUCCAUGUUGCCGCUCAGACCUCCGGUUGUUGGUUUGGACCCGGGGCCAGAGCAAGUUGGGUUGGGGUAUAGAGCCGUAAGCGCGGUGGGGGUGACAGAGGACGUGCUCGUACGGUUCAUAGUUGGGUAUUAUAUUCUCGUGGAUUGUUGGGAACGUCCUCUAUAUUCGAAAUAUGCCUUUCUAGGAGCAUUACGAUCUGCAGCUCAAAUGGUCCCUUAUGAAGUCUCUAUUGGUCUUAUUCUUAUUACUGUACUAAUAUGUGUAGGUCCCUGUAAUUCGAGUGAGAUUGUCAUGGCGCAAAAGCAGAUAUGGUCCGGUAUUCCCUUGUUCCCCGUAUUGGUUAUGUUCCUUAUUCCUCGUCUAGCAGAAACUAAUCGAGCUCCGUCUGAUCUCCCAGAAGCGGAAGCGGAAUCAGUUGCAGGCUAUAAUGUAGAAUAUGCGCGGGAUGCGAUCCUUAAUAGUUCACUGUUGGCGGAAGCCAAUGUCUCGGGGACUCAUUCUGACUUAAACAAGGGGUGGGUCUUUACCAACUUAAAAAUCCAAGAUUUAGGGAAGAAAAAAGAGGGGCACUCUUCAUUCGAAACUCAUGAAUGUCGGGUCGGAGGUUUCUGCCUUGUUAUCAAAAAGGGGAGUUGGGUAAAGCAAACUCCCUCCUUGGACGAGCACGGGGCUUAGUCAAGUAGAACCGGGUUGCGCUGCUUGAUGCUCCGAUCGAAAACAAAUCUUUGGGGCCAUGCCGGUACGACAGAAUAUGCGUUAGAAAGGUCAAUCCCUCCCCCCCUUUUUUAGUAAAAAAAUGAAAAACCGGGCCGAACUUCUAAAAAGCAGCCCGCCCGCUUCCAUAGAACAAUAUCGUGGCAACGUAGACCUAAGUGGGUUUAUUGGAUCCUGGGGAACCAUCACAAGUACGGCCGGCCUAUAGAACGAGAAUGCCGUGUCGUCCAGCAGAGCUUAGAAGAAGGUGACUCGGAGCCUAAGGAAGGUGACUCGCGCAGACAGCUGACUCCUUUUCAAUAGAAAGGAAUAGCCAAACCAACCCAGCUGGCUGGUCAAUCUCAGUGAUCUUAUCGGCCGGCAAACCGGAGACGGACGACCACGGUCCCGACCUUACCAGCACCAUAGGUUUACUAAUCAAUGAAGCCCCUCAACCUACUAUGCUUUUCUUACAAACUCAACCAAGCCUAACCGUCAUGGUCACGACAUGUUCUUGAUAUUGAUUGAGUUUCCGGGAGUCAGAGACGACCACGGAAUCCAUCCAAUUGAACCCCGGUGACCUUCGUCACCAAAGCGUCACGACAGUUUCCAAAGGUGACCCCUCAACCUUUCUCCAGUGGGGGGCCCAUCAGUCGGAGCACGAUUGAAUGCCGACCACUACAUAAGCCACGUCUGGCUGAGGCGAGCAGCAAGCGGGGGAGAGUCAAGUCAAGUACAACAACGUUGGGCUGGGACCCUAGUACUUAAACAAGGGUUGCUUCUUAGCGCUAAUCUUGCGUUUUUCAGCAGGCUGUUAGUUGUAGCGCGCUAGCGCGCCUUCCCUCCUUCUCUCAUUUCGGAAAGAUUUUGCAGUAUUUUCUUAUGAUGACCUGGUCGAGAGAGUACGAAACAUCGGUGUAAAAGAUUGAGUGGGAUCAGUGAGGUUGGUUAUAGUAAGGGGCCUGGCCUAAAGUGCGCGGCUUACGAAAAGGUAAGCGGUUAGGUUGACUUUGCCCCUAUUUUUGCCUUUUUCAGAAUCGGAAGAUAAUCCCAUUUUUCUUCUCCGCGGGAUCUCUCUUUCCCAGCCACUAAGGUUCCGUUCGGUCCUCUUCCCCACCUUGAGGACCAAAGGUUGAAGAAGGGUUUUGACUAGUGCAUUUUAUCACUGAUUCCACUGGUUCUCGAUUGCUGUACACAACCACAUUCCGGUGAGGCUAGAGAAAGCUCAAUGGGAAGAAGCACUAUGGAAAGAAGGGCUUGAAAGGCACGCACCUCGAAGGCGGACUUGUACUUGUAGCGUCAGCAUCAUCCCGAAAGUCAUGAUGUUGCAGCCAUUUUGACAAGGCUAGACCACCGGACCGGGGGGCUGUUCUUUGCUCACCACUGGGAGAUGGAACCAUAUCCAAUCAAUGGGGCUUCUUUGUUCAAUCUCUUGAGGUCGAAGAAAGGAUUGACGGCCAGUUGAUCAAGGAAAGCAAAAAUUAAGUCUUGCUUCUGACGCUUGGGUUGUCUUCCCGGAUCCCUGCUUCUGGUUCUGGUUGUGGAUCUGCUUCUCCAGUGACGGGCGAGAGAAGACUGCGAACAGUGCACAUCUCGUCUUAUCCACUUCUUCAUCUUAAGGAAAGACUCGCGUUAAAGCAGCUUGCUAAGAGUGGCAAGGAAGAAAGAGAAAUCCCCCAGGGGUCUAGAGGAAGAAGAAGCAAUUGCGCAACAAGCCCCGUGACCGGGAUAGGGAUAGGAAAGAGUGUCAUUGGUUGGGGGUCUCGUUCUACGCUCUCGUCACCCUUAUCCUGUCCUUGACCUAUCUAUUUUUCCUAGCGAGCGUACAGCGUACGUACGUACAUAGGCUCAUUCGCUGAGUUGUCAACGAAGAGUGAGAGUAGUGCAAUGCCACCAGUCAACAAUCUGGUACUGCUGGCUGGGUCAAAAACCGUUCAAUGCUUCUACUGUUCCCUGGUAUCCACGUUGUGGACUCCGUAAUAAGUCCUAUUGAAGUAUAUUAUUCCAGACAGGAGAUCCCGAAAAGGUUGGUUCUGCUUUCAAUGCCAGAGCUUUUUUUUUUGGCAUCCAAAUCAGUAUUUCUCUCCAACGCUCUCCUCUGGUUUCAAUCUCCAUAACAGCUUGGCAGAUAGUGCUUUGUUUGUUUGCCCAUGUUUCGAAUGGCUUUUUGUCACUUUCUUUUUCCCGAUUAGCGAAAAUGGCCCAAAAAAACUUUCUGAUCAUUCUGCUCAGCCAAAGUCUUUGGAAUAGACAGGAUCGAGGCUCUAUAGAUUACCAUGGCCGAAAGUUUGGAUUUCAUGAGGGACACUAUGCCGGCCAAGGUCAGCCAUUGAUUUGCCCAUCCAUUCUUCCAGAUCCAAAGUACAGAGCAAUGGAAAAGAUGGGCCUUUUUUUUUUUUUCUCUCUCUAUACUAUAGGACAAUGACCAAGGUGCCGAGUCCCCAAUCUGAUAAGGUUCCUUGCAACUCUUCUUCGAAUUGGCAUCGGGGCGAAGUCUAUUUGACAUUUCUGCGGAUUGUUA